AUGACCGAGACCAUUGAUCUAGAUGCUUAUUUUCAUUCCCCAUAUUAUAUUCACCAUUCGGAUGGUUCUGGGACUGUUCUUGUCUCAAAAGUUCAUACUGGCGACAACUAUUACAACUGGUCGUUUGCUAUGCAUAUGACUUUGAAUGCCAAAAAAAAUUUGGGUUUCAUAGAUGGUUCUCUCCCUCGACCUACUAUAGAUUCUUCUAUGUUUAACCAAUGGGAUAGGGCCAAUGAUAUGGCCGCAUCUUGGUUACUUAAUGUUGUCUCUGAAGACAUUUUUGACAGGAUCAACAAUGGUGUUUCAGCACAUGAUGAUUGGUUUGAACUGCGAGAACGUUUUUCUCAAAGCCAAACAUCAAGAAUUUUUGAAUUGACUUGUUGUAUUGCCACUCUGCAGCAUGACAAUUCUUCUAUUCUCACAUACUUUAGUGAGCUCAAAUCCUACUGGGAUGAGUUUUCUUCUAUCUCUGCUAUUCCACCAUGUUCCUGCGGCGCUCUAAAUCUACGGCUUCUUAUGAACACCAACAAUGGUUGA